CUUUCACCGCCCCCCAUCCCUGAGGUGUCGGGCCCGGGAUGCGGGCAGCUGGGUUCUCUUGGUUCCACCCGGCUGGUGCAGGGUCGUUUUCAAAGCCUUGGGAACGCGCUUUGGCCGGAUUUGAGGAGGGGGGGCGGGGAGGGGCCUGCGGCUUGCGGCCCCGCCCCCUUCUCCGGCUCGCCGGCAGGCAGAUUGGCCCGCCUCCUCCUUCGUCCGGCCCUGGGGCCGCGUCCCCCGGGCAACUCAGCUUCUGAGGCCUGAGCUUCUGCCCGCAGGUGCUGGCGACGAGGCCCCAGGGCACAGUCUACUUCGACCCCAUGGUGGGUUUUGGAGCUAACCGGCGGGCCGGCCGCCUGCCUUCUUUCGUGUUGGUGGUGCUGCUGCUGGUGAUCGCGGUCCUCGCCUUCAACUACUGGAGUAUCUCCUCCCGCCACGUCCUGCUUCAGGAGGAGGUGGCGGAGCUGCAGGGCCAGGUCCAACGCACCGAGGUGGCCCGCGGGCGCCUGGAGAAGCGCAAUUCAGACCUCCUGCUCUUGGUGGACUCGCACAAGAAACAGAUCGACCAGAAGGAGGCCGACUACGGCCGCCUCAGUAGCCGGCUGCAGGCCAGGGAGGGCCUGGGGAAAAGAUGCGAGGAUGACAAGGUUAAACUACAGAGCAACAUAUCAUAUCAGAUGGCAGAUAUACAUCAUUUAAAGGAGCAACUUGCUGAACUUCGUCAGGAGUUUCUUCGACAAGAAGACCAGCUUCAGGACUAUAGGAAGAACACUACUUACCUUGUGAAGAGGUUAGAAUAUGAGAGUUUUCAGUGUGGACAACAGAUCAAGGAGUUAAGAGCGCAGCAUGAAGAAAAUAUUAAAAAGUUAGCUGACCAGUUUUUGCAAGAACAAAAGCAAGAGUCACGCAAGUUUGAAUCAAAAGAUGAAAAUGAAUUGGGUAUAAACGAUCGUGCAGUACCUAAAAACAUUCCCAAAGUAGCUGAGAAUGCUGCAGAUAAGAACGAAGAACCCUCAAGCAAUCAUAUUCCACAUGGGAAAGAACAAAUCAAACGAGGUGGUGAUGCAGGAAUGCCUGGAAUAGAAGAGAAUGACCUUGCAAAAGUUGAAGAUCUUCCUACUGCUCUAAGGAAACCCUCUAUUUCUGUUUCUCAAUAUGAAAGUCAUCAAGCAAUCUCCCAUAUUCCAACUGGACAACCCCUCUCCCCAAAUAUGGUUCCAGAUUCUCAUGGACAUCACAAUGGAAACCCUGGAACUUCAAAACAGAACCCUUCCAAUCCUCUUCAGCGUUUAAUUCCAGGCUCGAACUUGGAGAAUGUACCCAGAAUUCAAGCAGAUAUACUAAAGCAGGCCACCAAGGAUAGAGUCGGUGAUUUCCAUAAGUUGAAGCAAAGCCGAUUCUUUGAUGAGAAUGAAUCCCCUGUUGAUCCGCAGCAUGGCUCUAAACUGGCGGAUUAUAAUGGGGAUGAUGGUAACGUAGGUGAGUACGAGGCAGACAAGCAGGCUGAGCUGGCUUACAAUGAGGAAGAAGAUGGUGAUGGUGGAGAGGAAGACGUCCAAGAUGAUGAAGAACGAGAACUUCAGAUGGAUCCUGCGGACUAUGGAAAGCAACGUUUCAAUGAUGUUCUUUAAGCCCUAAAGGAAAACUUCAGAAAACCUAAAGUGCUGUAAAAUGGAAUUCUUUCUACUUCAUUGUUUUUGACUUUUGUUGUAAAGAUCAGUUGUAAAGAUACAUUGAGAUAGAUUUAAGGAAAGAUUUUAAUGAAGAAAUGUACCCCUGUACAUAGGUGAACUUUUUCAUAUUGUAUUAUUAAAGCAGAGAUUUUUUCAGUUAUAUUACAGUCGAGCCAAAAACAAAGUAAACAAACCUGUAAUCUUUGCAUUUAAAAUGAACUAAUGUAUAUUUUACAUUUUAUUGAGCCUAAUUCUUUCCACAAAUGGACAAAUAGGAAAAAUUGGUUGUACAGUUUAUAUGUUGCACAUAGCAUAACCCUAGUGAGAAUAGUUACUCAGCUGAAAAACUUUUUAUACACUAAUAUAUUCUUGCUAGCCCAACAGGUGUUCUGUUCUAGCUACCCCUCAUCUCAUGCUCUUCAUGGAGUUAUACCUAGAAUAGUUACAUAAAAGAGGGGUUGAAUCCUGAAAGCCAAACACUGGGCAGCAUGUGUACAAAAUCAUUUCCCUACUUCUUUUAUUUUACAUGAGUGCUGAUGUGUUUUGGCAGAUAGCUUUCAGCUGAUGCCUGACAGAAGUUGAGGUAACCUGCAAAGACAUAACAAUAUUUAUGAGUUAUACCUUACUUAGUUCAUGAAAUUGUGAAAUGCAUGAUUGACAAUAUAUUUUCAAUUUUUAUUUUCUCACAUCAUACUAGUACCAUUUAACUUUAACCAUCAUUGGCUAAAAUUUUUAUAUUUUCAGAGUCCAAGUUGGUGAAAAUAUUCAUGGUUUAAAUGCCAGAUUCUGAAAGAAGCUAAAUCAACUUUGAAACAAAUCUGCAAUCAGUAUUUCAAAGCUUCUGUUGUAGUUAUAGUGAUGUUACUUGACUAGAAUUUUUCAGAAGUACUAAAUAAGGAGUUUUAACAGAUUUUUAUUAAUGCACAGAUAAGUAGAAGUACAGUGAGGUCUACAGCCAUUUUAUUAAAAUAGCUUAAAAGUUUGUAAUAAAGAUGAAGAAUCUUUGUAAUUAAUAUGUUGUUAAGAACCCAUAAACCUCAUAUUUGGUAGACUUAAAAAAUUAUUUUAAAUGCAUUUUUUUGACACUAUUCCAUAGAAUGCAUAAGCUAGUUAUAGUUAAUCUCUGCUUUUGGAUUUAAAUCUUUUAAAUUUUAUCCCCUACCCAAAAAUAAAAGGUUUUGAUGAUAAGGAGAAA